AUGAAGCAGACAUACGUCUGUGGCCUUCGUCAGGGAGAAAUAGUGUACGGCCACGAAAGCGAACAUUCUGCAGCCGUAUCAGUCCCUUCCUCGAAAGCGGCAAUGAUAUUCACAAUCGAGAUUCAUGGGCUUUCUCAGCUGGAAUUUGUGUCGGAAGUACCCAGCGCCAAAUCGAACAAGACAAUGUCCGAUACUCGGUUCCGUGGAGUCAUCUACCCUCAGACGAAAGAGUUGCGUGUAGAUCUCAAGUGGGAUAUUUUCAAGAUAUUCGACAUCAUCCUUUGUGAUAGAUCAAUAUUCGGACAUGACUUCCUCUGGUCAUCUAUACUUCCUCCUGCCCGCCCCUCUGCGGAUUCCUUUUAUGAUUGGCCGCGGCAUGUGGACUUCUCGACCCAGGCUCAGCGGCUUAUGGAGUAUAUCCCCUUGCAGAGUAAGGAAGGAAAGCUAUACGGACUUACGGCACUUUGCUCGAACGCGGGCAUUGUCGGCAUUGGAACCCACUUUCGCUCCUGCCCGCAUCAAUCGUCUUGCGGAGAAUCUUCUUCUUCUACCCACUGGUAUGGGCGACAGUUCGGUUGCCCUAUCCACUUCCGCCUUGAUCGUCAAGAAACCAUAAGUUCGGUGUUUGUUCUCUGGGAGCAAAAUGACUAUCUACCCGAGCCUUAUCUAGCUGUAACCACCAGCAAAGACGAAACAUACUUUCUCGGUCCCUACAUCGAGUCCAGCCGAACAUGUACAAAGAGCAUAUUCCAUGCAGACAGCGGAGAUCUCCAAGGUCUCUACUACGAUAAGUCUCCAGGCCUUAGAGCAAUCACGAGCCUAGGUAGUAUUUACCAGCCGCACGGGCACCCCGUUACUCCCCACGUUGUUUCUGCCAUCCCGCCGCGUCAACACAUGGAGGUUAUAGAUAUCCUUAAUCCUCCAAGGUUCUUCUCACAAGCACCGUUAAGGCAUAUUCGAUCUCUGGUGGCUUGCUAUCCAGAGUCUCGAUGUACGGGACUUCUCCUCUGCUACCGCGACGGCACCGAGCGCAUCCUGGGCCAGUGGUACGAAGAUGCCGAUAAACGACCAGAGUAUGAUGCGUUGGCCUUUCGGGAUGGCAGUAUCCUGCGAUUCUAUUUUGCGCAGGAAGAUCGGGAUGGGAUACUUCUCCGGGUGGGGAUUGUGCAGGAUGCUGCUACUGCUGCUGCUGCUGCUCCACAGGCCGAUGAGAGAUUUGUCGAUAUGAUGGAAGGGGUUUACUGGCUGUUCACGGAUUAUGCUGAUAUCAUAUUCGCUUGUUGA